AGUUAAUCCUUGCCUUCAAGGACCCAAGAUGGGGAAAGAUAACAUAUAAAAGGAAGCGGCAAUGGAGAAGACUCUUGUACAGAGGCAUGGUGGAGAAAGCUUGAAGAUUCAAGAAUGGAGUCCAAUGGAGAAGAGAGCUAUGGCUGACCUGGGACACUUUCCUCAAAUUAGAGAUUCUGGGAGGAAUCAACCAAUCAGAGGAAAGGGCUGUAAGGGCGGAGUAUAUCUGCAUUGUGAGAAGGUUGGAGGUAAGGGUGAGUUUCCAGGAUGAGGUGAGGAGGCUACAGGAGCAAAGUGAACUUCCAUGGUGAGAAAGCUGCUAUAGUAUGGUGGGGAAAAGUCUGGAGAGUGGAGUGGAACCCAGAGAAGAAGAAAGACAAGUUUGAAGGUUUUAAAACUACUACUGGAAAUCUGCACUUUGGGCUAUUGUGAAAAUUAAAGAAAUGGUCUACAAGCAUAUAUAAGGAGUUGAAGAUUUAAAUUUUUGCCAUUUUGGGGGCAUAUAUCAUACACUUAUCAUUUUUCUCUUUUGGGAACUGAGAAACAUCAUGAGCACAACUCAAAGAAAGCGCCGGAGUGGAACAACAAAUUCCAGACAGGCUCAAAAACGAGAGCGAUUAGUAGGUCCAACAUCUGACAUGACUUCAGAAACUGAGCCAAUAGAGCUUGUAGAAAGUGCUGGAGAAGAAGUGGUGGACCUCACCUGUGAAUCUACAGAACCUGUGGUAGUGGAUCUAACUCACAAUGAUCCUGUGGUGUUUAUUGAAGAAAAUAGAAGGCAAAGAAGAAACCCAAGGAUAAGUCGAGGACAGCCUGACAGCUGUGUUUUGAGUAGCGAUGAUGAAGAAAUAAGAGACAAUGAUGUGUAUGUGACAGAAAAUCCUUCUAGAGAAUCAGUUGUUUUGGAAGAAGAAACAUCAAGCAUAAGGCCUUCUGGUACUGUUAGUUGUCCAAUUUGCAUGGAUGGAUACUCAGAGAUUUUGCAAAGUGGACGACUUAUAGUCUCUACAAAAUGUGGUCACGUCUUCUGUAGCCAAUGCCUCCGUGAUGCCCUUAGAAAUGCUAGCUCCUGCCCAACUUGCCGGAAAAAGCUGAACCAGAAACAGUAUCAUCCAAUAUAUAUAUGAUAUGUACUAUGUUUCUAGGACAGCCUUACGUGGAUUGCUGUGAAAAUGUCCUGAGGUUGUCAACAUACCUGACUGUAAGGAGAACUGAUUUUAAAAACGAUUACCUGGGGUGUAUGUAAACAGAUUUUAUGGUCCAAACUUUAAAUGUCAUAAACCUAGCUUUUUGUUUUCUCACGAUUGAUAAGGUUGGGCUGAAUUUCUGAGGGUCUGUGAAGUUUGGCUGAACCACAUGACAGCUCAGUAUCAUAAGAGUAUGUGAGCUCUUCAGUUUCAAAGUCAUCUUAAUCAAGUAAUCUAUCCAAUAAGCCUAAAAGAAUGAAAGGCAUAGAUGAGUGGCUUCUUCUCACUUUUGAGGUGCACAGGUGGGAAGAGUGGCAGAGUCCUGCUCCCAAGCAGGCUCAUCAGAUGAGUUUCACAUGCCUUGGUAUAAAAAACCUGUUUUUGAUUCACCGCCUAGAAUGAAGGACAUAAUGACAGGCUCUAGGCCUUCCCCAGGGAAAAAGAAUACCCUGAUGUAUUGAAGAAAUUGCAGAGCUGCCAAAAAUAAAGCUCCCCAGGUAUAGCUGCUGGGUCUUCACCAGCACACUUAAAUAUAGAACAGUGGCGCUAGGUCUCUGUGGAACCUGGAAGCAAACUCACUAGAGAUUUUUUUAAAAAAAUAUUAUUAUGAAAGAUUUCUUAUUGGCAAAGUCCAAAUUAUUGAAGCCUCACUUGAUCAUUAGCCGUGUGUUUCUACUUCAUAGAGACUCAUAUCAUACUUUUAGUUUUAAUUGGUAUCCAUUGACCUCCUCUCUUCCCUAAUUGAAUAAUCAGCAGCUGGUGAGCAGAUAGAUGUUUCAUAAAGUUGGCUGCCAAAUUAUAGAGCUCAGCAUUCAAGUCAGCCGCCUGUCAACACAGACAUGAGUUUCCAUCCUGCCAUCUCAGCCAUUUAUCAUUAGUAGAGAUCUAUGUGUUGGACUUUUAUAGAAACUUAUGAUGUUUAGCAUUUUAAGUUAGUGGCAUUAAAAGAGUAAGUGAUAGUUUUUUCUGCACAUAGAAAUUAAACCUUAUCUUAAAUGAGAUUGCUGACUAGGUUCCCUCCUCCUUUAAGAUGCAACUUUGUAAUAAAGCUCAUUACUUUUGAAAUUCUAAUUGCAUUGGGGCAGAAGUUUGUUCAGACUUUCACAUUCCUCCAAAAGCCUGGAUAUUGACAGUGGCAGGAAUGCCCCUUUCUGUCACACGUCUAUCUGCUGUCCAUAUUCUCAGGAAUGUUGAUAAUGCUGUAGUGUUAUAAACUUGCCCCAAAGAUGCAAAUGUGGGGCACAAAAAAGGCUUAAUUUUUGUAUUAUAAUAAAAACCAUUUUGUGUUGUUGCUUUUUCAGUCCCUUGAUGUCUGUCAAGGGGUUGGAGGUGGAGGGAACAGAUUCAUUUUUCCCCCAUGUGUUUUGCAGGUGGUGGAAGUAGUUUGUGACAUUAUUAGCUGCUUGGGGGGGAAAUCACUUCUCGGCAACUUCAGUUCAAGUCAUCUCUGCCUGUUUGUUAAUGAUAUCAAUACCAUUCUAUUGAUUCUUUUUUCACCCCCAGUUAUGAGGUGGGAGUUACUUUUUUGAAUCUGUGCCUAGCUGGGAUAAACUUUGUUUUAUGAAGUUUUGGUGUAUAUAUUUUUUGACCUUCAUGGAACCCUUUGCUUCUGAUGGUCCAUGCCUGUUGAGUUGGAUGCAGUCGUGCCUCCAAACCAUGGUUCUUUGCCCACUUAAAAACUAUGGGUUUUACUUUAGUGUCCUACCUUUUAACCCAGGGAAGGCUGGCAAAUUUUACUCUGUACCCCAGAAUUAUUUGUUCUUCACACACCAGUAAAGAGUUCUUAAAAUCCUGUAUUCCUCUGCCAAACCCUCUUAAUAUUAUUUACUUAAAACAAACUAAAAAUUUAAGACUGUUUAGAAAGAUUGUGAAGGGGGCAACUCUGGCUUUGCUACUGAUAACCAACCUUAUGUUUGAUGCAUUAAUGUAUAAAAUUUAGUUUAAAAUGAACAUUUCUCCCCUUGCCACAGGAAGAAAAAGCAGUAGCUAUAUUAUCAAUCCUGACUUUUAAAAAUAACAUUAAGUACCUUUUUAAUUAGAGUAUAUGUCAUAUUUUUAUCCAUCAAGUCAAGAAUAGGGGUGUAUUGAAGAUUAAUUUGGGAUUAUAUGUGUAUAGCUUUCCUGCUCUUGCUUUAAUUUUGAAUGGUAUUUUUAAUUAAGUUUGUUCCAAGUAGAUAUUUAUUUUUUGUCUUGUAUCAACUGUACUGAUGUGUAAGAUCCUUAAAAACCCUACAGAAUAUACAGCAGAGUUCUUUGACUAAUUUGUUUUGUGACUCUUCUUGAAAAACUAUAACUGCCCAAUUCUACUCUGUCAAUCACAAAUGUUAUUGUAUUAUUUCAUUGUAAAUCUAAAUUGAAAAGGUAAUGUUUAGUUGUAGUUAUUUGCUUAGUGUAGCAAUAUAGUUUUCCAGAACUGCAAAAUAUAAACAGGCUGAUUAUGUAAAAAUCAUACUUUUACUUUAUUUAUGUAUAUAGUUGACUUUUUUGUUAUUUAAAUUGUAUCCAGGUCCAUGUGUCAGGUCUGUUUUGAACUUCAGCUAAAUGGUUGUUAAUUAAGAUGAAAAUAAACCCAUUAAUUUGA